AUGGAGUUCUUUAAGGGCAAAAUGUCCGAAGGGUUUCAAGAGGAUGACAUGGAGUACGCCCUAGCCACUGUCGUCGAAGCAAAUGAAGUGAAAAGCAACGUGGAUGGUUUCGUCGUCAAGAUGUCCGACGGCUCGCUUCUCAAAUGCGCUCACACCAACCCCGAUGGCGCAAGGCUCCCUGACUACACGGCUCAGCCGGCCAUCGUUCUCAAGCUCGAGGACGGAAGCGGCAUUCUUCUCCCGAUAAUUGUCUUGGACUUGCCGAGCCAAAUGGCUCAAGAAGCCAUCCGAAAUGUCCCACUCGCCAGGCCAACGGUGUACCUGGUGAUGAGGGACAUGAUUGACAUGAUGGGAUACAAGGUGAAGCUGGUCCGCGUCACUCACCGUGUGUGCGAGGCGUACUAUGCCCGAAUCUACCUCGAGAAGGUUGGCGAAGGUGGAGGAACGGUAUUCAGUCUUGACCUGAGGCCAUCUGAUGCUAUCAACCUGGCAAUCAGAGCGAGGGUGCCCAUUCAGGUGAACAGGGCUCUGGCAGUUGGAGAUGGCGUGAGAGUCGUCAGCACCGCGCCUCAGCCAGCAGCCCGUUCUGGCCGGACAGUUCGCCGGCGCAACUUUGCGCCCACAGAGGAGGACAUGCCUGAUGCGUCAAGCAUGGUGCUGCAAGACCUUACAGCGGAGUUCAGACUGCGUCAAGACAUGCAGAAGGCCAUAGAAGAGGAGCGGUUCAAUGAUGCAGCUAAAAUCCGUGAUGAGCUCACAGCCUUCCGCAUGCUCAAGGCCAGGCAUGAAGACUAA